AUGGAGGCGGCAGUCUGCGCCUCCUGCCCUGAGGCCUUUCAUGACGAGGUGGCGGCAUUGUGCAGGCAGCACGGGAUCCAGAAGGCGUUUGGCAAGGCAGGCGAUAUGGUGAAAUCUCUCAGCGGCAAGGACUGGAUCCCCAAGUGGGAGGCCAAGGUGGUCAUGGCCACCGUGACGAAGGCCCAGACCAUGGGUGCGGAGAAGGCCCUGAUCAUAUGCAUCGCAGGCGGCAAGAACUGCGACUCGGAGAUGGCUCGGCAGCCGCAUUUGGUGCGGGCGAUCAAGAAGGAGAUGGAGGACGAACAGUUCCGAGUCAGGGUCGAGUGGAUCGAGAAGGAGGAGUUCUUCGAGCGCUACAGUGCAGCGAAAGGGAACGCGCACGACAAAAAGGCAGCGGACAAAUCAGCUGCCAGUCCGGAGGCCAAGGCCAAGGCUGAGGACAAACAGGCAGGGGACAAACCAGCUGAUAGCCCGCCUGGCAGCUCCAACGCGGGGGGCCAGAAGCAGCAGCAGGAAUGCCGGUACUAUGCGAAGGGUGCCUGCAAGAACGGCGCGGCCUGCCCGUUCGCACACAAGCCGCCUUGCUCAUUCUUCCGGCAGGGCAAGUGCAAGAAUGGGACGGCCUGCCGUUUCUCCCACGCAUUGGACAACCCCAAGACGGACAACGCCAAGGCCAAGGCCAAGGCGAAGGACGCCGACGCCCGCCUCGUGUGCAGGGAGUGCGGGAAGUCGUUCAAGGACUGGGACCAGAUGGUUAGCAAACAUUGGUUUUGCAAGGGGCGCGAGCCGCUGUGUGCAUGCUCGCAGUGCAAUCGGGCCUUUGAUGAGUUACAACAGUGCCUGCAGCACCAGAAAGACACAGGCCAUAAGGGCCACGUGCGGGUGAAUGACACGAGAGAUCCCGUAUGGUUCUGCAUGCAGUGCGACAGGGAAUUCAGAACCGAGCAAGCGUGCAUUCAGCACCAAGAGGCAACGGGGCAUGGGGACAUCCCCUGCUGCAUGGUUUGCUUGAAGACCUUCGGCUCCAAGAAGGCGAUCCUUCAGCACCAGCAGUCCUGUGGACAUGCAGGCAUUCAGUGGCUCCUUGAGGCAGACAGUGACUCCGAACCUGAUGAAGAUCCAACUGUAUCGCGGGAGUAUCCACUCUUAUAUUCUCCCACAUUUCAACUUUUGUGA